UGAGUUCAGGUCCUGGUCAUACCACUUAUUAGUUACGUGGCUUUUGCUGAGUCCCUUCACAUCUCUGAGCUUCAUUUUCUUCAAGAUGAGGAGGAUGGGCUUGAUCUCCUUCCAACUCUAUCAUUUAUUGUGUUCCCUUUUCCCCCUAGCUAUGGGGCUCCUGUUGGAUUCACACAGGCGUCGGGCCUUGGCGCGGUUGCUCCUUCGCCUAAAUACUCCCCUCUGUGUGGUGAGCUAUGUGGCUGGUGUGGUCUGGUUCCUGGCUCUGGCCUUUUCACCCCUGACCCAAAAUACAUACAUAUCGGAGAAUGCUAUGGGUUCCACUAUGGUGGAGGAGCAGUUUGAGGGUGGAGAACAUGCCCUCACCUAUGCCAGGGACUUCAUUGCCCAACGCAGGAAAACAGGAAACUUGCCCGUGGCCUGGCUGGAACGGACCAUGCGUUCUGUGGGACUGGAAGUUUAUAGUCAGAGCUUCUCCCGAACACUGCCCUUCCCUGACGAGACCCACGAGCGAUAUAUGGUGUCAGGUACCAACGUGUAUGGCAUCCUACGAGCUCCAAGGGCAGCCAGCACUGAGUCCUUGGUGCUCAUUGUGCCCUCCAGCCCUGGAACCCUCAACGCUCAGGCAGUCGGACUGCUCUUGUCCUUGGCUGCUUACUUCCGAAGUCAGAUUUAUUGGGCCAAGGACAUCAUCUUCUUGGUGACAGAGCAUGACUUGCUGGGCACAGAGGCCUGGCUAGAAGCUUACCAUGAUGUCAACAUUACUGGAAUGCAGUCAUCUGCACUUCGGGGCCGGGCAGGGGCCAUCCAGGCAGCAGUGGCCCUGGAGCUGAACAGUGAUGUGGUCACCAGCCUGGAUGUGGCUGUGGAGGGCCUGAAUGGGCAGCUACCUAACCUGGACCUUCUCAAUCUCUUCCAUGCCUUCUGCCAGAAGGAGGCUCUGCUCUGCACCCUGCAGGGGAAGCUGCAGCACUCAGAUUGGGCCUCUUUGGGAGGCUCCCUGCAUGGACUGCAGACAUUGAUGCUCAUGGUCCUGCGUCAGGCUUCUGGUCGCCCUCAUGGUCCCCAUGGGCUUUUCCUGCGCUACCACGUAGAAGCCAUCACCCUACGUGGUAUCAACAGCUUCCGCCAAUAUAAAUAUGACAUGACUGCUGUGGGAAAGACCUUGGAGGGGAUGUUCCGCAAACUGAACAAUCUUCUCGAGCGGCUGCACCAGUCCUACUUUUUCUACCUCUUGCCCUCACUGUCCCGCUUUGUUUCCAUCGGUCUCUACAUGCCCGCCAUAGGGUUCCUGCUCUUCAUCCCUGGACUGAAGGCCCUGGAGCUGUGGGUGAAGCUCAAUAAGGUGGACUUCAGCCCUGAGGAGCUGUUGGGCUCCAAUCACAGCCCUCCUCAGCUUGUGGGACAGGAUGGCCGCGGCGUGUCCCUCAGCCCUCUGGUAGCCCCCGUCUUGAUAUCCCAGGCCACCGGCCUGGCCCUGUACCUCCUGCCUGUCAUGGGCCAGCAUGUGGCUGCCCAGCACUUCCCUGUGGCCGAGGCCGAGGCCGUGGUGCUGACGCUGCUCGCCAUCUAUGUGGCUGGCCUGGCCUUGCCUCACAGCACGCACCGCGUGGUGAGCAGCACUCCCCGCGGCCCGGACAGUGGCUGGAUGGCCCUGAAGCUCCUCGCCCUGCUCUACCUGGCGCUCCAGCUGGGCUGUAUCUCCCUCUUCAACUUCUCUCUGGGCUUCUUGCUUGCUGUCACCAUGGUACCUGCCGCUGCCCUCACCCAGCCCAGCGGACCCAGGCUUCUGUACGCGGUGUUACUGGUGCUGGUGAGCCCCGGGGCCACCCUCCUGGGCAGCCUUUUCCUGUGGCGCGAGCUGCAAGAGGCCCCCCUGACGCUGGCGGAGGGCUGGCAGCUGUUCCUCAGCGCUCUGGCCCAAGGCGUCCUGGACCACCACCUGUACGGCGCCCUGCUUUUCCCCCUGCUCUCCCUGGGCCUCUACCCUUGCUGGCUACUCUUCUGGAAUGUCCUCUUCUGGAAAUAGUGACCCCUUGUCCACUCCCUCAUCCUGCCUCGGAUCUCUGGACCCAAGAGGGAGCUUUCUGUGUCUGUGUUGAAGAAUUCAUAAGUGUACAUUCAGUUGGAUAAGCUCUUAGAGGUCAUCCAGUCCAUCCUCAUCUCUUAGAGGAAAGCAGUAUUGGAACAGGGAGAAGGCAAGGCUGCAGAGUGAGUGAGCAGAGCUGGAACCCUACUGGGGGCCUUAUUGGCGGGCCAAAGCUCUUAGGAGGACAUCCUCGCAGCCUUUGGGAGUCCUUACUUCAGUACCACCUGGGGACUAGUUGACCCCGGGCCAGUACCUACUGCUGGAAGGACGGAGGGCUGUGUGACUGCCUGCAGUGGGGCAGGGGGGGCUGAGGAGGGGGAGAGGGAGGUCCACAUAUGCCCCAAAGCAGCAGGUUGGUUGGUUUGCUUUAGAAGGACCUCUCCAUAUGUUUCUUCCCCAUCCCAAGGAAAUAAACAGGUCUGGGGGGGUUUGUGUGUGUAGAUUUUGUGGGUUUCUGAGUUCUGGAUCCUUUUCUUCCUCAUUUAAUCCUUUAGAGAGAGUUAAAAUAAGUGGCAGGGUUGGCAGUCCCAGCGAGACCCACUUCAGCUCCAAAGAUUGGGGCCAUGUAGAAGAGAGGAUGGGGAAGGGAGGGCUGACGUAAGAUUUGAAGAUUUUAGGGGAAUGCCAGGCUGAUAGGAAUCACUGCUACAGUAGGACACCAGAAAUGCUAAUGGGCCCUUUGACUACAUGAGGAGAAGCCUGGUGUCCAGAACUAAGGAGGUGAUGGUCUCUGCAUUCUUAGCUGCUUAUAAUACAUAUAAAGCAUUAUUCCGAGUUCUGAACAUCACAUUGCUUAGGGCAGAGAGCGUACUGAACUUGAAUUCUGGAAGACAAUGAACUUUGUGUUCUUUAGAGCACUAUAUAAAUGGUCAUUGUUGGCAUUUUCAGACUUUGAUAAAGCUCCAUAAAACUUGUGAUGGUGUGGAAGUGACUUCAGGUGGCCCAGGUUUCUAUGUCAGCUCGGUACACAUUCUGUCGGGUUGUAACAUGCUUGAAAGGCUUUGAGAAUGAAUCUUAAAAAGGACCAGGACCCACCCAGCAAAGUAUGAAAAGAUACAUCUCCAGCAGACUGAUCAGUCACUAUGACAACCCAUCAAUGAAGAAAAAUGCCAAAUGCUCUCAGUCCUCGGCUGACCGGGUGUUAGAAGAAGAGACGGGAUGCUAAGAACUGCACCAUUUUUUCGACUAUCUGUAAACAAUUUAGUUGGUAUUUUCGAUUUGAGAUUUUUGCCAGUGCCCAAGUACGUAUACCUGUAGGAACUAAAUCACAUCAACUGAAAUUUUUACUGUAAAUGAGAAGACAACAGGAUAUCGCAGCUAAAGGAAUGGAGAGGUGCCAGGUUCUUCCUGGAGAGGCAAAUUAAGGAAUUGGCAGAAUUCACAAUUCAGAGCUGGAAGGGAUCUUGAGUCAUCGAAUCCAACUCCUUUAUUUCCCAGAAGAGGCACAAAGGGCUUGAAUGACUUGUCCAGAUUACUACGAGUCAUCAAAUAGCAGCUAAAAUUUUAACACAAGUCCUUUAGAUGUGGAUCCUUUUGAUUGGCUCUAAAUCCAGUAUUUUUUCCCUUGUAAUACUCUGCCUGCUUUUCCGGUUGAUUUUAUCAUACAUCCAAAGGCAUGAAGAAACUUUUCCUAGGACGUCUGGUCAUCUUAAAAUAUAGCUUUCAUGAUAAGUAUUGGUAAAUGUAGGUUAUAUGCAAUUCUCUUUUGCAGAAAAUGAGGCACUAGAGAAAUUCUGUGAAGAUAUUGAUAUGACCCUCCAAAUUAAAUGCAUAUAUACUUUGAGACUUAACUUCCAUGCAAAAGGGGGCAUGGAGGAAUGAAAAAAAAGGGGGGGGGGCAAAGACAUAUAUUAUUGAGAAGCCUAUAUAUAAUAAGUAAGAAAAUAAUUGAUUUCUUUGAACAGUGAGAGCGCCAUAUAUCAGCAAAACUGAAAUGUAUUAUACUUUUAACACACAGGAAAUUAUAAUUCUAAUAUAGGAAUCAUUACCUAGUCAAUUAUAUGCAUUCUGAUUUGUUAGAACAAAGGUCAAGAUUGACAUAAUAUAAUCAGAGAUGUAAAUUAGAACAACUUGGAGGUUUCACCUGAUAAUUGGGAAAGAAAAAGUUUAAAAUCAAUGAAAUGCUUUAGGGUUGUGUAAAACCAAGAAUGCAUUAAUUGUUUGUGGGUUGUUUCUGGAGACUAGUAGUGAUAGUCUGAAAUUACAAAAAUAACCAUAUCCUUUGACCCAAUAAUUCCAGUGUUAGGAUACUAUAAAGCAAUUAAGUUGGACAACUAUUAGAAAUACAAAGAAAUCUGGGAACGACCUUUAUGGAAUGAGACAAGGUAAAAGUAUAAGUAGAAUAAAGUACACGUGAACUAUAAGGAAAAUAAAAAAUCCUGAUGAUACAAGGGAUGAACAGAAAUUAAUUGAUAAAGAUAGUAAAAAUUAAGUGUAGAUGAGCUAAAGGUACAUGUGGUAAGCAAUGCCUUGGUUCUAUUCACCUACACUUGAUUCCUUCCUUUGUUUUUCUAUAAUCUACAGAGAGCAGUGAAACUGUCAGACUAAUUUUUCCCUGUGGAAGUAUGGCCACCAGAUAGCCAGCCAAUAUCACCUGACUAACCUCCCUCCCUCUAACCAGCUCAAAUUCCUGAGUCUGCCAAUCUUUUCCAAGUCUCGGGUUGUGACUGGAAUAUACCCCCAAAUUACUAAAAGUAGAAAGCCUUCUCGUCUCUACUCUUCCAGGUUCUAUUCCAUUUUUAAAGUCUUCCAUCUUCAUCCACAACUGUCAUUCAUUUACUUUUUUCUUUAAAAAUUCUAUGUAAUUUAUUGAAAUAAAUACAAGUAGAAAAUAACAGCAACAAAAAUAAAACUAUAAAGCUUUCAAACAGCAA